AUGUCACAGAACUUCAACUCGGCUUCGCUGGCGCCUUUUGAUCCAGAGCAGCAUGACGCGCUGCGCGCACUGAACCGCUCUCCCCAUCCAUAUCACCACCAGAGCUCGGAGCUGCCGCAUCCAUCGGAGCGCUUUGCAACGCACGAUGUGUCUCGUGGUGGUGGUAACGACGGGACACGCCCAUCGCCGACGAGUCUUCUGGCCUUCUUGAAAGAAUCUUCGCCUGGAAGUGACAGCGGCACCGAAGCCGAUGACGAACACUUCCUCAAGGGUCUUCCGGCACCAAAGUCCAAGCUGCACAAAGGACUAAGAGACUAUGACGAGCCCACAUCAGGUUUUGCGACACCUGCACCGUCCCCGGCUGCCCUGGAUGACGACAAUAUCCAGGCCAUAGCGCAGAAAUUACGUCCGAAGGUGGGACAGCGUAAGAAGCGCUGGCUCGACGUUUUGCGACGAAAUAGGGCUCUGGUGCGAAGGCUUACUGAGGCCCUGAUACCGAAGCUUGACGUUGACACAUCAUACGACACCCUUCAUUGGGCAUUGUCAUGCCUGCCUCUGGUCUGGGGACCUGCAUUGGAUUCAUCCAGAUUUGACCCAACAUACGCAUUCUUGUCUGGAGAAGCACUUGUCUUAUUAUAUCCUGUUCACCAGACGCUGUGCAUUGUCUUGCACUACCUAACAACAACUAGCCUCUUGACCGCCGAACUUCAGCUACUAUCUAUCGCAUUAAUCAAUGUGCUUAUUUUGUCUGCAUCACCUCAGGCGAAGAUUCUCAAGGGACUUUUAUGGGGCGGCGGUCUCGCUGUGCUUGUAUUUUGCGGACCUGUCAUUAGAUGGGGCAUUGCGCUGGCGCGAGUGCCCAAAUGGCGAUUUAGACGACUGUCAAGUUCACAAAAGCAUCGGCUCUGGAAAGAGUUUCGCAGGCUCUUGUCUUGGCACCGGAUUAAAAAUGAUAUGGUAAGGUCUGUAUGCGAAGAUAGCCCCUCCGAGACGACAUCAUCGGCCGAUGAGGAGGAUGAUAUUCCAAUUUUCCGAGGCCCACUACGAGUCCAAACCCUUGGACCCAAUCUCGAUAUCAGGAACACAGCACAAUCUGUUGGCACUUCUGGCGUCACCUCAUCUAACGACAUCAGCGGCGGCAUCUCACGACGACAUACCAUGCCACAUCCUGAUAAGUUACGGAAGAGCGCUGCACAUACUCCUUCUGGGAGACGAAAGCGGGCUAUAUCGCUUUCACUUCGGCCCUAUAUCAAACUGACACAAGGGCAAGCUCUCGUACGUAAAUGGGCUUAUGCAGCCUAUGUGUACACAGCCAUUAUCGGAAUCAUAUUAGUCGGCGUGCGAACCUAUGUCGAGCAGUUUGCGCUGAAUGGGUACGAACCAAUAGGCUGGGCUCUGGGGUACAUGUUUGGAAAUUUACCCUGGUUCAGAUUCCAAGUUGUUAGUGCUAAUCUUGAGCGAUGGGUCUGCCUCCCAGCGAUCUCCGGGGCCAAAGAAUGUCAUUCCGGUUGGGUCCAACAUCUUCGUCAUGAUGCUUUUGGCGAGGCCAAUACUCGCCUCAUCCUGAGCGCCUAUUGGCUUACCAUUCUCGUCUUUGGCCUAGUUAUUGUAUUCAAACUCAAGGAGACCUACGAAGUCGAUACCAGGCGCAAGGUGUUUCAUUUUAUGAUGGUGGGGAUGUUUCUCCCAGCCGUAUACGUCGACCCAGCAUAUGCUGGUCUCGCAUUAUCCAUUAUCCUCGCCAUAUUCUUGAUCCUCGAUCUCCUCCGCGCCAGUCAACUUCCGCCGCUAUCCAAACCCAUUGCUUCAUUUCUGGCACCUUACGUCGACGGCAGAGACUUCCGUGGCCCCGUUGUUAUCUCUCACAUCUUCCUCCUCAUCGGUUGCGCAAUCCCCCUUUGGCUGGCGCUGGCUUCACUCUCCCGCACGGGAUCAGGCUGCUUAUCAGGCUGGGAAGUACCAAGCCGAGAUGUCAGCAUGGUAUCCGGUGUUGUAUGCGUUGGUCUCGGUGAUGCCGCAGCUUCACUUAUUGGUCGUCGUUAUGGACACCGUAAGUGGCUCUGGGGUGGGGGAAAGAGUCUCGAAGGGAGCCUUGCUUUCGCCGUUGCCGUGUUUGCAGGUCUAGCGGCAGCAGGGGUGUGGCUACGUGUUGGAGGAUGGCCGAUGACAGACGAACCGGUUGGGUGGUAUGUCAGUGUGAGGAAUGCGGGUAUCUGUGCGACGAUGGGGAGUCUCACUGAGGCGGUUUUGACGGGGGGUAAUGAUAAUGUGAUUGUGCCGGUUGUUCUGUGGACAUGCGUAAAAAGUCUUGGCAUAUGA